AUCAGCUGUUUCGACAGUAGUUGGUCUAAAAGGGCUAUCGAUUACUUCAAGAAGUAUGUCAGCAAACGCCACACAUUCACCGGCAAAAUCUACUCCUCUGUCAAUCGUGUCGUACGUCUGGAGUUGUUUAAGAACGACGACAUGAAAGUGUCGUUUAAUGACGAACUCGUGAACAUAGGAUACGCCGAGAAGUGGGAGGAGAACUCGCAGUCGAAGCUCAACCACAGCCAUAGGCGCAGGGAUGCCGCCACACGAGACGACUCCUUAGGACAUAUCCGGUUCGAGUCGUUCGCGCCCGGAGUCUACAAUCCCGACGAUGCCGUCCAACUUUCGCCUGAAUUUUACCCCAAUUUUGGCGCUAAUAUUAGAACUCAUGAGAGGAUCCAACUCAGAGGUCCUUUCAAUCCAUUGGAGUGUACGUUUAAAGGCGUGAGUCGUCAGACGUCGUUC